AUGGACACCUCCACUGUGGUUGUGCCAGACCAGCAGGGUCGAUGGAAGCACCUUUAUAAGGCCUUGACCAAGCCUGGGCCUUUCUCUGAUGAAGAUUGGGUUCCUGGUGCUGAAACAGUCAACGCGCUCGAGUCAUCCAAAAUCUUGGUGAUUGGUGCUGGUGGUCUGGGUUGUGAGAUCCUGAAAAACCUCGCACUCUCGGGCUUUAAGGAUAUUCAUGUUAUUGACAUGGAUACGAUCGAUAUCUCAAACCUGAACCGACAAUUUCUCUUCCGCCAGACUGACAUUGGCAAGCCCAAGGCUGAAGUUGCUGCUGCCUUUGUGCAGAAGCGGGUGAAGGGAGUCAAUAUCACACCUUACGUGGGCAAGAUCCAGGAUAAGGAUGAAGACUAUUACAUGCAGUUUAAGAUUAUCAUCUGUGGGCUGGACAGCAUCGAGGCCCGACGCUGGAUUAAUUCCACCCUUAUUGGGAUGGUCGACCCGGAGGAUCCAGAGAGUCUGAAGCCACUGGUUGAUGGUGGAACUGAAGGAUUCAAGGGCCAGGCCCGUGUCAUUCUCCCAACACUCUCGUCAUGCAUUGAGUGCCAGCUUGACAUGCAUGCCCCACGGCCGGCAGUGCCACUGUGCACUAUUGCCACCAUCCCGCGCCAGCCUCAGCACUGCAUUGAAUGGGCCCACCAGAUUGCAUGGCAAGAAAAGCGUAAAGACGACCCCUUCGACAGCGAUGACAUGGAACACAUCUCUUGGGUGUACAACGCAGCCCUGGAGCGGGCUCAACAGUUCCACAUCCACGGCGUCACUUUCCAAAUGACCCAAGGUGUGGUCAAGAACAUCAUUCCGGCCAUCGCAUCGACGAACGCAGUGAUCGCGGCGUCCACUACUUCAGAGGUGCUCAAGAUUGCUACCUCCUGCAACCCAUACCUGGAAAACUACAUGAUGUAUGCCGGCGAAGAAGGGGUGUACACAUACACUUUUGAGGCAGAAAAGAAACCCGACUGCCCUGUGUGCGGCAACCUCGCUCGGAAAAUGGACGUGGAUCCGAAUAUGACCCUGGGAGAGUUCAUUGAGAGUCUCGGAGAGAGAGCUGAAUCGCAAUUGAAGAAGCCGAGCAUGCGGACCGAGGAGAGGACUCUGUAUCAGCGCUUUCCACCCCAACUGGAGGAACAUACGCGGCCCAACUUGCAGCUCAAGCUGGGGGAGCUGUUGGAGAACGGUCAAGAAAUUGCGGUCAGUGACUCAGCAUACACCAUUGACUUCCGCUUCAGGCUUAUCUUCAAAUGA